GUAAAUCCUUUUCGAUUACGUCAAAUAUUUCAACGAUCUUUUCUUCUCUCGAAAGAAACACGCGCAAUGGUGUUGCAUACGGUUCGUCGAACGUACGAUUAUAUCGUAUCUAGGAAAUAUUUUCUUAUCGUCGUCCUAAUUAAUUGAUUCCUCUUUGUUGUCGCGAUACGCCGUACGCCAUAUACGCGUAUCUCCGACGCGAUCCUAACGAUAAUCAUUAGACCGUACUAUUAUUAUCCCAUCGAUUACCAGCCGACGUUGAAAUUUCUUACGUUUCUUGGCAAACUCUAAACGAAGCGUUGCGUCAUUCGAUUCUAUACGCGUAAAAUGACUUUUCGAACUUACCCAUUUAUGGGAACUAUCUGCUUAAUAAUGUUUGCUAAACAAUAACUGACGUUUCGAAGGAAUAAACCGAUACUGAAACUCGAUGUUUCGCAACUGUAUUAUGCUCGAUGAGACCUGGCUUUGUCGGGCUAAAUAAAUAUGUUCUAUUGCAUGUAUGAUUCAAGGUAACAUACGUGGUGACCUGGAAAAAUAGUCUUCAUUUUUUAUGCCUCUAAUAUAUCUCCAAAGUACUAGUAAUCGCAAAUAAGUGCGGACUGUUACAGACGAAAAACAAUCUUGUAAACUACGUCUUUUUUUAUCCGUCCCGAAAAAAAAAAAAUGGAGAUUAAAUCCGUUUCGUUCAUCGAUGCAGUUUGAUAAAUUUCGUGGAGGAAAAAGAUCGAUCGAAUCGAAUCGAAUGAUCCUGGAAUCAAUCGAUGUAAAACAGAAUGUCACAAUGCUACAGCGUCUCUUUAUUUUCCAACGUUGCGUCAUCCGAGGGUUUUGAAUUGCAUAUUCAAGAUGGUAAUCCGAGAAAUAAGACAGCCUUAGCACCGGGUCAUAGUGUUAUGGACUGGAUUCGAUUAGGUAAUUCUGGAGUCGACUUAACCGGAGUUGGUGGUAUUCCACGUACUGUCACGUUAACCGAAUUGGCUAAUCAUAACAAGCAGAACGACGCUUGGAUCGCGAUAAGAGGCAUUGUUUUCAACGUGACCCGUUACAUGGAUUUUCAUCCUGGCGGAAUCGACGAGCUGAUGAAAGGAGUUGGAAAAGAUGCCACGAAAUUGUUCGAUAACGUUCACGCAUGGGUAAAUUAUCAAAGUCUUCUACAGAAAUGCGUCGUAGGUAGACUGAGUCGUCCAACCGCUUCGAACCUGUCCAAGACGAUUGAAAAAUCUUCCAUUGCGAACGACCUCUUGAAAAGUUGUGCAACGCAAAGAAAAAGCGAAGAAGAAAUCGGUUCUGAUCUUUCGAAAAUCAAGAUGGAUUGGCGACAAACCUCGAACACGAUAACGCUCUUUUAUCAAACGAUAAACGACUAUCAAGGUAUCUACUAUCGUAUAUCAAGGAUAAACGAUACCAAGCUCGUUUUUAAUCUAUCCUUUGAAAAGGAUAUCGUUAUACACGAACUCGAGUUGGCCGGGGAAAUCGAAUGGCCACCUGCGUGGAAUAGAAACUACGAAAGCAUGGAAGUAGACUUUACUUUCAGGAAAAAGGAUAAGACCGUAUGGAAAACUCAAGGUAGUCAUACCUUGUCCAGAGAGCCGAUAACGAACAAGAGGGUUUACAAAGAGUACGAGGUACUAAGCAACACGUCCCUUUGCAAAUUAGUUAACCUGCUGGUCCUACGAGCUGAAGAUUCUUUAGAAUUAAUACCGAGUGGUAGACACCUGGAAGCAAAAAUGAAAAUCGCAGGCGUCGAGAUUUCUAGAUACUAUACGCCUGUACCGGCCUGUCUUCAUCCGGAAGACACUGCACCGAAUUAUACUUCGGAUUGUAUCUGUCUCAUGAUAAAGCAGUACGAAGACGGUGCUCUUAGUCCAUCCAUAACAGCUUUAAAAGUCAAAGAUAAGGUUACCUUGAGCAAUGGACUUGGCGUCUUUGUCGUCGAAUCCUUCGAUCGUUAUUCCGUCGUUCAUAUGCUGGCUGCUGGCACAGGACUAACGGCAAUGUUGGGAAUAAUUCAACGGUCUCUUGCCAGGCGUAACGUGAAAAGUAUCAAUCUCGCCAACUUCAACAAAGACGAAGAUAACAUGUUCUACGUGGAGCAAUUGGAGAGAGCUUGCAAAACGAAUAAAUUGAAAGUCACGCAUAUACUGUCGCAACCGAGCGAUUCCUGGAAAGGUAGACGUGGGACGAUGUCCGACGAACUUUUGAAAGAAUUAAUAGGCAAUUGUUCACCGCACAGUUGCGUCUUCGUUUGCGGUCCUAAAGGAUUCCUAGUUUCUUCGAGAAAAUGUCUCCGUAAUCUCGAUUGGAAGUCCUACCAAAUGUACGAGUUCGAUGAUUAAAAUCAUUCUAAAACUCUUUCAUGUUUCAAGCUUGAUCGACGAAGAAUGCUGAAAAUCUACGUUUAAUUAUUUCUCGUACAAAUUCUCUCUGCGAAUAGUUCUACGUUGGGAUAUUGAGAAAGUUAUAUUAUUCAUCCCAUAUGAAACUAUUGCGCAACUGAUAGAGCUUAUUAACGUGAAUAAGGAAUUUGGUUGACACGCAAAAAGGGGAACGCUUCGUACUAAAGCUGGACUUAUCGUACGUUUGACGUACUUGUUGAAAAAUUAAACAUAACUCAAUUAUACCGAAGUUUGUCUGCCUUGUUCGAGCUGGUUUAGUACAAAGAAAAAAAAAGCAUUAAGCGUCUCUCAUUCGAUCAUUACACGCAUCAUUAAUAUUUGCCAAAAGAAUUGCGAAUGAGAUACGUCAUUCUGUAUGUCGGUACUUAGAUUCGAUAUAUGUAUACGUUUAGAAAAAUAUUCGAUUAUAUUUUCGAGAGAAGAUUAUGUAUAUUCUUCUAAUGAUCUUAUCUCUCGGAUGUCGGUGUUAAGCGAGUUUUAGAGUAAUUACUACUUAUCUUUUACAAAGUCUCUAAGUGCUCUACUAUCGUCGUUGUUAAUAAUACUUCCAUCCAUAUCUGUCCUGUCUUAAGCAUUUAUACUAAGUGGAUAAAAGCGUAGAAUAUUUUUUUCUAUAUCUUAACGAUAAUAUUAAGUUUAACGUAGACGAAUUCUUUGGCUACAUUCCUCUUAUCUAAAAUCUAUCGUAAGUUUUAUCAACGAUAUACCAUCCUUUUCGAAACACCGUUUUAUCAAGCAAUAUUUUUACACUAUGCAAAAAAAAAAAAAAAGAAACCGACUAUGACUUAUAAUAACCUAUAGUUCAAUCUUAGCUGUGAUUAAGACGAAUUACACAAAUGUGAUCCAAAAAAAAAAAAAAAGAAAGUCUUCAAUGCGAACAAAUCUCACGACGAAGAGUAUUAUACGGCAUUAACAACGUUAAACGCGAUAUUUUUGGAUAUGUCAAUUGCGAAGUAUGGCAGAAUUUUUAUGGCGGAAAUACUAUUACAUAGUUUUCUGCUAAUUACUUCGAUGGACGUUUCAAUGGACGAUAAUCAAUGUGACUCACUGUAAAUAACAAAGAAAGAACUAUUGUACGUUAUCGAGAAAAAGAGAACAACCAAAAAAGUUACAUCGCAUCCUCCAACGUUUGACAUUUCUUGAAAAUAUUAACUCUUAAGAACUGUUUGUACUAUAAAUCCACAUAUCGUAUGGUCCAGUUUACGUAUUUUUAUGAGUUUGAUGAUAUUAUAUGUGUAUACGAUUCUUAUAGAAAAUAAAAAUGUACUCAAUGGCCUAAAA